AUGUCGAUUUUAAAAAGUAGACCAUUUAAUAUUGGUAUGUAUUCAACGCUACUGAAAGGCUGUAGAAGAUACUUGUACCAGCUGAGAGCGGAAGAAAACAAAUGGAGCUUGCAUUCGUUACGUCCUAACCGAACGCGUACGUAUUACAAGCGGCCUGAAAAAAAGAAAGGAGGACCGAGCAUUCGUGGAUGGGUAAUCUUUGCUGGCACAACCGUAGGCAUUGGUGUUGCUGGAAUCAUUUUCGCAGGGGCUCCAUCGAAGGAACCAGAGGAGGACAUUGAUAAUUAUGAUCAUAAAAACAUUGCUUUGGCUUACAUUUAUCGCGCAAAAGAUAGACUUAGGAACUCUAUCAAGUACUUCUCCGAUCCAAUCAGCCCCAAAUUAUUGCCUGACCCUUUAACUGAACCAUACUAUCAACCACCUUAUACAUUGGUCUUGGAGAUGACAGACAUAUUGGUACAUCCUGAGUACGAU